AUGAAAUUCUCAACUGCCGUUACUACGUUGAUCAGUUCUAGUGCCAUCGUGUCUGCACUACCACACGUUGACGUACACCAAGAAGAUUCUCACGAGCACAAAAGAGCUGUUGCGUACAAGUACGUUUACGAAACCGUUGUUGUCGACUCUGAUGGCCACACCGUGGUCCCUACCGUUGCUGAAGCCACUUCUGGCACUGCAGUCGCCACCGCCGCCGUCGUUACCACAACUUCUGUUCUGGCUCCAACCACCUCCGCUUCCGUUGCUGUUUCUUCUGUUGCUCUAGCUAAGAACGAAAAGAUCUCUACAGCGGCCGCCUCCGCCACUGUCUUGACACCUCAAGGGGCAUCAUCCUCCUCCGUUUCUUCUGCUCCAGAAACCACCUCCGUUUCUUCUUCAUCCACUGAAGAAGCCACCCAAACAUCAAGUGACGCUUCCACUUCCUCUGCGACCCCAUCCAGUACUUCCGUCACUUCCUCUUCUGCCACAAAAUCCAGCGCCUCCUCUUCAUCUUCCGCUUCCCAGUCUACUUCCACUUCUUCUUCCUCUUCUUCCAGUGGUAGUAUAUACGGUGAUUUGGCCGACUUCUCAGGUCCAAGCGAGAAAUUCCAAGACGGUACCAUUUCCUGCGACAAAUUCCCAUCCGGCCAAGGUGUAAUUCCUAUUGAUUGGAUCGGCGAGGGUGGAUGGUCCGGUGUGGAAAAUACCGACACCUCUACUGGCGGUUCGUGCAAGGAGGGCUCUUACUGUUCCUACUCCUGCCAACCUGGUAUGUCCAAGACCCAAUGGCCAUCCGAGCAACCAUCCGACGGUAGAUCCGUCGGUGGUUUGUUGUGUAAGAACGGUUACUUGUACCGUUCAAACACUGACGCCGACCACUUGUGUGAAUGGGGUGUCGAGGCCGCUUACGUCGUUUCCAAGUUGAGCAAAGGUGUUGCCAUUUGCAGAACCGACUAUCCAGGUACCGAAAACAUGGUUAUCCCAACUUUUGUAGAAGGCGGUAGCUCUUUGCCAUUGACCGUCGUCGACCAAGAUUCUUACUUUACUUGGGAAGGUAAGAAGACGUCUGCCCAAUACUACGUUAACAACGCCGGGGUCUCUGUGGAAGAUGGUUGUAUCUGGGGUACUUCAGGGUCGGGUAUCGGUAACUGGGCCCCAUUAAAUUUUGGUGCUGGUUCCACCGAUGGUGUCGCCUACUUAUCUUUGAUUCCUAACCCAAACAACAGUGAUGCAUUGAACUACAACGUCAAGAUAGUUGCUGCCGAUGAUUCAUCCAAUGUCAUUGGAGAAUGUGUUUACGAAAAUGGUAAGUUCUCUGGCGGCGCUGAUGGCUGUACUGUUUCUGUUACCUCUGGUAAAGCUCACUUCGUCCUAUACAAUUGA